AUGGCAACAGAAGCUCAGCGAUUAAUCAGCAUUUCGCUGACUAAAAUCGCGCAAUCUCGUGCUCAGCGGGGCGGCGUGAGUCUGCACAAGAACCUGCUGGUGGCGACUGUGCUCCAGAAGGCUCGUUACGUGUUCAUGGAGGAGGCGUACCACAUGGUGCACGCGACGGGCGCGUACGGCGCGUCGGUGGCGGCGGGCAGCCCGCUUCAGGCGCCUUCGCCGCAGCAACAGCAGGCGGCGGGCGACGAGUACGAGCAGAACUACGACGACGACGCGCUAGUCGCGCUCACGGCCGAGGAGGCGGGCGUGGGCGGCGCGGCGGCCCAGCAGACAUCCAGCUCCGAGGAGGCCACCGCGGACGGACACCUUGCGGACUUCCUCGACCAGACCUCGUGUGUGCGUUGCUCGGACGCGCUCCCCCACGAGGACAAAGAGAACCACAUUCCUUCCGCCGCCGCCGGUGGCGGCUACCACAUCACUCCGGACAACCCCACCUACUUCGACCUGGACAAGGCGGGGGCGGGCGCGGAGGACAGUUCAGUGUUGCGCGACCGCUCCAACGCCGGCGCGCCGCCGCAGCCCGCCGCCCUGUCGCCGUCGACGCGGUGCCUGAAGAGGCGUCGCGGCGUGGCGGAGUGGGAGACGGAGGAGGCCGUGUCAUCCAUCCUGCCCAAGCGCGCCAAAACCGCGACGCAGGCGGUUGCGGCAGCGGCGACGGCGGCGGCGGCAUCCUCGGACAGUGCGGAAGGGGACGAUUCAGUGUUUCUGGACGAGGCGGCGUUGCUGUCGGACUGUGGGGUGGUCGGGGACGAGGACGAGGAGCGCGAGGACGGCGAGGAGGACACCGGUGCGACGAGCAUGGAGAUCGACCGCAUCACCAGCCUCGUGUCCAUCUUCAGCUUCGGCGGGCUGGCGGGCGGCGACGCGGCGGGGGCUGGCGCGGGCCUGGGCAAGCUGACGAGGUCAGUGUCCACCCCCGACCUGUGCUCGGCGCAGGCCAAGGAAGGCGUCGACGUCCUGCAGCAGAGGCCCUUCCUCGCCAUGACUGUUUAA